AUGAGAAAGGGUUUGAUAUGGGCGACGACAGAGGAUUUGAAUCGGAAUAGGGGUCGAGUUCUGUCGCUAUAUCGUCAGACACUGAGAAGCCUGAAUUCUCCUUUGUUGCCACUGAAUUUUGCCUCUAGACUAGCCAUAAAAGCGAAGGUCGAUUUCCUCCUCGGCACAUCACCUGAACAACACUUUCCAUUUCCCUCAUUGCAAUUUGGUAUGAACUUGAUGCAAUCUUGA